ACUAUUAUGUCAUUACGCAGAUUUGAGGUUAUGUUUUUGUUAAAAUUGCAAUGAGAUGUUUGGUUUUGUUUUAUAAUCUAAUAUUUUUGUUCUACAUAUUGUAAUUUAUAAUAUGUUCGCCGUUAAAUUAAGACCAUGGUAUCACAUUUGUGAUAAGAUAAUAAUUCGGAGUUUAAGAAAUAGAAGACUAAGAGAUGGAGGUCUAGGACAGAAUCCAGGUUUGGACAAUAGGAUUAAAGCAUUUAGAGAAGACGGUUUUCAAGUCACGGACGAUGACGCCGAAGAAUUCAUCGAACAAUCUGAAAGCGAUUUCUAUAAUAUGGGCGAGACUUACAAUGAGCAUCUGAAUGAAACACUUAUAGGGAAGUAUGAAUUAAGACAUAAAAUUGUUAAAGAAAAAUAUUUCAAGGAAAAUAUGCCCAAUCUUUUGACAUGGAGUGAGAAGGAACAAAUACGUCAUUUGGCUAAUACACAACCUGAGGAAUGGACACCUGAGAGGUUAGCGGAAAGCUUUCCAGUCACAGUUCCUGUAGUGAAGAAACUAUUGAAGUAUCCAUGGAAGCCAGCAACAGAACAGCGUAUUGCACGCCAUGAUGCUUCAGCUAUGAGGAACUGGAAGGAAAUCAAAGAAAGAACACUAGACAUACCAGAUGAAUUGUAUAAACAUUUUCUUAAAUUUUCUGAAAGGACAAUUCCACCACUAAACAAAACAUCAAUUAAAAUUAAUGUAACUGAGGAACAAAUGGGUGAGUUUGAAAGUAUCAUUCAAAGGUGCGCGGCCAAGGAGAACUGUGAAAAUACAGGUAAUCAUAAAUAUAUUGGACAACAAGAAACCCACACUAAUGGAAGUAAACAAAGAAGUGACCUCAAAAGAAUUACUUUAAAUGAAUUAACAGAAAGAAUAAAAAAACGUUUAGAAGAUGGCAAAGAUAUCAAUGAACCUGAUAAAAAUAUUUUAAAUACAAUUAAUUCUAAUAUGCCUGAAAUGAAUUCAGAAAAAUUACACAAAGAAAUACAAUUGUAUGAAGUAAAUAAUGAAGACAAAGAAAUUAGUGAAUAUAAAGAAAAAGAAAAAAAUAUAUUUAAUUUUGGAUCUUAUCCCGAAAGAAUUAGGAUCCCCAAGAAAGCGUACAAAAAAAAUGCAACAUAUAAAAUAAAUGACUGUUAUUAUGAUCAUGAUGGUAGAUUUUUGUAUAGAGUUGUAGGUAUGUCUUAAAUUGUGAUGUCAUAAAAUAGCACUUUAAAUAAAACAAAUAGAAUUGAAGCCUUAUAUAUUUUUUAUAAAAAUUAUAUGCAUUUCAUUUGUCCAAAAUAAAAUAACCAAUUUCAACCAAUAUGACUAAUACACAACUAGUUUAUAUAUAAUAAAAGUAUGCAUAUUGUGUGGAUUGCAUAUCAUUCCCCAUUAGUAUGUGUAUGUGAUCUGACUCCACAUUAAAUACAGCAAUAUUAUUUUAAAAAUACAUUAAUGUCUUGAUAUCACCAUUGUACAUUACAUGUAUGGAAUAAAAAAUAUGGCCUAUAAAAUGAUCACUUUACGAGGCUAUACUAAAUAAAUAGUGUCUCUCAUGGCUAAUUAAAAACAAAAGGAAAAUUCUAAAUGUAAAUUUAAAAUAUUAAUGUUUUGGUACAUCACAACAUGUAAAUUAUAUAGCUUAGUUUCCACUGCUAAAAUAAUUUAUUCGGGUGUUGAGUACUUUAGCAAAAUAAUUACUGAACAAUAGCGCAUUUUUAACUAGCCUUAUAAAAAAAACAUAUAUAUAUAUAUAUAUAUUUAAUCUGAUAUACACGAGUAAUAUAAAUCUGUUGUAAUCAAUUCUGUAGACUUAAACUAAAUUUUGAUGAAUAACAAUUAUAACCUACUAUGAUAUAUGGUUAUUAUUAUGAGUAUCAUUGCUCCAUAUAAUAUAGUUUAAUAUAUGAUUACAAGUCUUCAUAUUACUGAAAAAGUUGAAUUUUUUCGAGUCUUAACUGUGUACUAACAUUACAUAAUUUGUAGUUUUACUUUAUUGCUAUCGUGAAAUUAACAAAAAUAUAAUUUGUAAUUAUAUUAUUGAUUAGGCCUACAUUUUAAUUAUGAUUUUGCAAUUCAUAAGUUACAUAGUAUGAGAGUACAUUUUUAAAACAAUUAUACAGUGUAGUAAAUAUCACUCAUUGUCAGGUGAAAUACCAAUUGUUAUCAAAUUAGUGAAGAAACUGGAGUGGUCAGUAACUUUAAUGUUACAUUAAAUGAAUAACAUGAUUUUAUCAUAUUUAUUAAAGUUAAUUAUUUUUUUGACACCUAUAAAUACUUUCGAAUUUUGGCAGUCACAUUAUCGUCUUCGAAGAUUUAAUAUUUAGUGAACCAUAAAGGAAAUUUAUUAAUCUAAAUAGUAUUAUUAAUUAUAAAAAAAAAACUACUGGAAUGAAUUAUUAUGUUAUUCUGAAUUUAUAAUAAUAAUAACAUUACUUACAGAUGAACAAAGUUCGAUAAUACUUUGAUGGCAAAAAAAAAGACAAAUAA